AGAAAAUUGUCUUCAAGAGCAUCAUCUAUAUCAUUAUCAUCAUCACAGCCACCCCCGCCACCACCACUACGCUCAACAACAUCAAUAAAUAGAAUAGAAUCGUCUUCAUGUAUGGCUUCAACAGCGAUCACUUCAUCUUCAACAUUAGAUGAUUCCUCUUCGUCUUCAUCAGCUGAAUUCUCCUCUUCAUCAUCAGCAUCCUCAUCGGCUUCCUCCUCAUCCUCAUCCUCAUCAUCGUCAAUAUUGUCUACAUCAACAACAUCCUCUUUACUAGGUUAUCAUUCAAGAGAAUCAAUAUCAAAAAGUUCUUUAAAAACAAUCGCCACCUAUUUAUCACAAAAUCCUGAAUUAUAUCAAGACAUAUUUCCAUCGAAAUGGUGUGAUAUCCAAUGGAAGAGUUUAACACAAACUAUAGGCAGACCAUAUGAAUCUGUUAUUAAAGUAUUUACCCGUGAUAUUAAUCUAGUGUACAAUUUGAAAACAGAUAGUGAAAAACAAUAUGAAUUGUUUCGUUUACCACCGUUACAACCAUUAUUAUUAAAAUUUUAUGAUAAUGAAACAGAAUGGCAUUAUAAUUCAUGUAUAUCAGAGUAUCUUAGUUCAAUAUAUAUUGAUUCACCAAAAGUUUCCUGUAUUGGAGAUGUAUUCAUUAAUAUGAUAUUAAUGUUAUUUUUAAUUGCUAAUUGUUUUAUCUGGAAUCCAAAGAUAAAAUUAAAUUGGCAAACGCUAACCGUCUAUAUAGGCUGUAUAUUCCUAUAUCUAUUAGUUUGCGUGUGUUUGUUAUUCACAGCAACAACAUAUAAUAUAUUUAUUAAAUCAAGCCUAUUAAAACGUUAUUAUAAUCUUUUAGUGAAUACAUAUAUCCGGGAAUUAUGCAUAGGCAUUAUUUCUAUUAUGCCGACUAUUUUGUUAUGUAUCUUCCUGUAUACAGUUGAAGAUAUGGAUACGCUGUUAGAUCGUAGAUCGUAUAUCUCAGCAGUUGGUUUUCAUUGUAUCCUAUUUCAUGCUAUUCACCUGUCUUCAAUAACAAUAUUUCGUAUUCUAUGCAUUUUAAUCACAUUAAUAUUACUCAUUAUAUCGACAACAUUUAUUUCUGCUAAUCCCUCAGAUAUUGAUAUUUGUUCAAAUACAACAUUAUUUAUACAUAAUAUCGCUUAUGAUACAUAUCGAUUUAUCUAUUUAAUUGAAUUAUUUGCUUGUACAUUUCUAGUGAUUGAAGUAACUCGACAAAAUGAAAUCAAUAAUCGUUUAUGCUUUUAUGUAUCACGUGAAUCAGAAAUUGUCUCCGAUGAAGCAGAGUUAGCUGUCAAUGAAGCGAAAGAAUUAUUAUAUAAUAUUAUACCAAAAUAUGUUCUAAAAGAAAUACAGCUACAUCGCCGUUUUAAUCGUAUAAAUGAUCCAAGAAGAAGUAUUUUGUCAGCGGGUGGUGGCGCUGGCGCUGACACUGGUGUUGGUCCUGGCUCUGCUUCACCGAUGACAUCAAUUCAUUAUGCUGUAACAAUAACAAAUGCAGCAGUGUCAUUUGCAACAAUAUCAAAUUUUUUUUCAAAAUAUUAUCGUGAAGAUUAUAAAGAGGGUGUAAAUGCUUUAAAAUUAUUAAAUAAUAUAAUAUGUCGUUUUGAUGAACUUCUAGACAAUGAUGAAAUGAAAUGUGUUGAAAAGAUUAAAACAAUUAAUGAUUGUUAUAUGACUGCAUCAGGAUUGAAUAAAGAAGAAAUUAAAAGUUUCACUAGUGCUUCUUCAUCAGACAGACAUUUAAUCACACUGUUGAAUUAUUGUCAUUUAAUGAUUGAGGAAUUAGAGAAAUUUAAUGAUAUGUAUAUUAUAGGGAGUGAGAAUUUCACUAUUAAAAUUGGUUAUAAUAUUGGUACAUUGACAGCUGGUAUCAUUGGGACAAGUAAACCAAUGUAUGAUAUCUGGGGGGAUACAGUGAAUGUUGCAAGUCGUAUGUAUUCAACGGGAGUUGCAGGUGCGAUACAAGUACCGGAAAAUGUUGCUAUCCGUUUGAAAUCAUCUUUUAAUUUUACAUAUCGUGAUGUGGUUUUCGUCAAGGGCAAAGGGAUGAUGAAAACAUUUUUGUGUAAACGAUUGAAUGAAUCGUAGAAAAUACAAAAUGGGUGAGAGGAAACAUAAAUAAAUAAAUAUUUGUUGAUUGUUGUUGUUCUACGUUUUGUUU